AUGGUAGCAACUAUUGUCGGUGCUUGUGUACUUGAUCAUAUUUUUCUUUGGCAGACUAGAUGGGAUUUUAUUCGAUUGAAUAAAUCGGGUGAUAUUUGGAUGAUGCGUUUUAUCGUAUUAAAUGGUCAUGCAGUUUACUCAGCAUGGUUACUCGUUGCUUCAUCACUUAACCUCACUAUUUGGCUGAAAAAUAAAUUACCAUUGAAUGUUGAAGGUUGGGCAACAACAAUUUCUCUUAUUUUACUAACUAUUGGUAUUAUUGUUUAUUGGAUUUUUGAAAAUUUUAUAUUUCCAUCUCCAAUGGCUUAUACAUGGUCUCCGUGGCUAGUUUGUUUUCUCGUCGGUACCACUGAUAUAAUGACAAAUCCAAAAGGUUAUCGUCGGGGUACGCGUCAUUUAUUUGCACGCGAUUUUAAAAAGAAUGGCCGAAUCCCGUUGGCUACUUAUAUGAAAAUCUAUAAACGUGGUGAUAUUGUCGAUAUUAAAGGCAAUGGUGCUGUACAAAAAGGUAUGCCACAUAGAUUCUAUCAUGGUAAAACCGGUCGUGUUUUUAAUGUAACUCGCCAUGCUGUUGGUAUUAUUGUUAACAAACGUGUUCGUCAUCGAAUUAUUGCUAAACGAAUUAAUGUUCGUAUUGAACAUGUUAAACACUCAAAAUGUCGUGCUGAUUUUCUUAAUCGUGUUAAACUUAAUGAACAAUUGAAACGAGGUGCUAAAGAAUCUGGAAAAAGUGUACCGCUUGCUAGUAUUAAACGACAGCCACAAGGUCCACGUAAACAACAUUUGGUUCGUACACGAGGCAAUAAACCACAAAUAGUCGAACCAAUUCCAUAUCAAUUUGUAGCUUAA